AAGUGUUGUUGUGUAUGUAAAGCACGUGAGGUUUGAGAGCAGCUGUUUCCGGUGGGAGGAGCUUGAAGUUUAAGCGCCAGAAUUUAAGAAUUGAAUGUCCCGCCUGUUUCUCUGCUAACUGACUGUAACUGUACAGAGUGUUAUUGUACAAUAUUGCAUGAAGAUAAAAUGUCUCCCACUGCCAAACGAGCCUGUCCCAGUCCUCUGAACGACAGCCUGGAGAAAAGACUGAAACGCAUCUCCAUUGAAGGAAACAUUGAGUUUAUCGGUCCUUGCAUUGAAUUGACCACCUCUCAGAAGAGUGGAGGAAAUGUGCUGCAGAUGAUGUACGAGAAGCCCGAUCGCUGGGCCUACACCUUCCAGAGCUACGCCUGCAUGAGCCGCAUCCGCUCGCAGAUCAGAUCCACCAACGGAAAACUGCGAGAGGCCGAGAAUCCAGUGCAGUUCUUCGAACGAUCCGUGUACAGCGACAGGUACAUCUUUGCCUCUAACCUCUAUGAAAGUGAGUGUGUGAAUGAAACAGAGUGGGCGAUCUAUCAGGACUGGCACAGCUGGCUGCAUAAGCAGUUUGGGAAGCACAUUGAGCUGGACGGCAUCAUUUACCUGCGGGCAAAACCAGAAAGGUGUUUGGAGCGAUUGUAUUUGAGAGGAAGAGACGAGGAACAGGGAAUUCCACUGGAAUAUCUGGAGAAACUUCACUAUAAACAUGAGAGCUGGUUACAGCACAGGACUAUGAGUAUGGAGUUUGAGUAUCUGAAUGAAGUGCCGGUUCUUACCCUGGAUGUCAAUGAUGAUUUUAAAGACGACAAGAUCAAGUGUGCUGAUAUGAUCGAGAAGGUGAAAGAAUUUCUGAGCACCCUGUGAUUACGAUGAGAAAAGGUGCAUGUUGGACAGAAUAAUUUAACAUUGUUUUUUUUUUUUUUUUUUUAACCAUGAACUUUUGU